AAGGCGGUCGAAGCGCUGAGAUUCGAGGUCGGGGAGUACAAAUGCAAAAAGCGAAAUGAUUUUAAAUUAUUUCAGGCUAGCUUGCUGUCAACGUCAGCGCACAUGUGUUAUGAUUUGGCGUUGAUAUCAGCGAUGUUUACUGUGCAGCCUGAUAAGUUCCUCUGAAGGGUGGCCGGUACCUGGAGCCUCUGGCCGUCCACUGCCUUAAUACUAGGCACACAAUCACCUAUAUUUCUCUUAUAUCGUGGGGUGGCGGCAAGCCAAUAAUUGACUCUGGAGCAGGACACGGAGGAUAGUGUGGCCAUGACGGGAGAGACUGCAGCCGCCCUUCCCAUGAGCAACCACACCCGAGAGAGGGUGACUGUGGCUAAGCUGACGCUGGAGAACUUCUACAGCACUCUGCUCACCCAGCACGAGGAGCGGGAGAUGAGGCAGAAAAAGCUGGAGAAGGCCAUGGACGAUGAGGGUUUGCCAGAUGAGGAGAAAGUAAUGCGCCGCUCGCAGCAUGCCCGUAAGGAGACCGAGUUCUUGCGACUGAAGCGGACGCGACUUGGCUUGGAUGACUUUGAGUCCCUUAAAGUUAUCGGACGUGGAGCUUUUGGAGAGGUCCGUUUGGUGCAGAAGAAAGACACGGGGCACAUUUAUGCCAUGAAGAUUUUGAGAAAAGCCGACAUGCUGGAGAAAGAACAGGUCGCCCAUAUCCGGGCAGAGAGGGAUAUUCUGGUGGAGGCAGACGGCGCCUGGGUGGUGAAGAUGUUCUACAGCUUCCAGGACAAGAGGAACCUCUACCUCAUCAUGGAGUUCCUGCCUGGAGGUGACAUGAUGACCCUGCUGAUGAAGAAGGACACUCUGUCCGAAGAGGCCACCCAGUUUUACAUCGCAGAGACGGUCCUGGCCAUCGACUCCAUCCACCAGCUGGGCUUCAUCCACAGAGACAUCAAACCAGACAACCUGCUGCUGGACUCCAGGGGACACGUGAAGCUGUCAGACUUUGGCCUGUGUACGGGACUGAAGAAGGCUCAUCGCACAGAGUUCUACAGGAACCUGACGCACAACCCACCCAGUGAUUUCUCAUUUCAAAAUAUGAACUCCAAGAGGAAAGCAGAAACAUGGAAGAAGAACCGGAGACAGCUGGCGUAUUCUACUGUGGGAACGCCGGACUACAUUGCUCCUGAAGUCUUCCUGCAGACGGGAUACAACAAGCUGUGUGACUGGUGGUCUCUGGGUGUCAUCAUGUACGAAAUGCUCAUCGGUUACCCACCCUUCUGCUCUGAGACGCCACAGGAGACGUACAGGAAGGUGAUGAACUGGAAGGAAACCCUCGUCUUCCCACCCGAAGUCCCCAUCUCGGAGAGGGCCAAAGACUUGAUAUUAAAGUAUUGCACUGAUGCUGAAAACAGGGUUGGAGCUGUGAGCGUGGAGGAGAUCAAGAGUCAUCAGUUUUUUGAGUCGGUCGACUGGGAACACAUCAGGGAGCGUCCCGCAGCCAUCUCCAUCGAAAUCAAGAGCAUCGACGACACCUCAAACUUUGACGACUUCCCCGAAUCGGACAUCCUUCAGCCAGCCAAUGCGACAGAGCCAGACUUCAAAUCGAAGGAUUGGGUGUUCCUCAACUACACGUACAAACGCUUCGAGGGCCUGACUCAGCGAGGCACCAUCCCCACAUACAUGAAGGCAGGGAAGGCCUGACACGGGGAGGCAGGAAAAAAA